CAGAGCAUCCAACACAAAGUUUUCUUCCUGCAAAGCCAGUGUCAGGAGUAUCUGCAGAGAGUACAGCAGAUUCUCCAGGCAGGUGGUCCAGCGGGGGAGGUGGACAAGCUAAUGAGUAUGUCUUCUGAGGCCAUAGACCAGCUGAAGGGAUGUGCCAUGGAGCUGCAGCACAUGAAACAACCCAAAGACAACAUCAUCAAGAGCAUACAGCAUCUCCAGAACUUGCAGAGUGGGAUCACCUCCUCCAUCAGUGGCUCGACCAAGAGGAAGAGCAGGGGCAGCAUUGGCUGGGAAGAGAGGGGGAGGACCUACACUGAUGCCAUGUCUUGGAUCGGCCAACAGAAGCGUCUGAUCGAGACGUCUCCGUGGGGUGAGGACGCAGCCGCCAUCGAGCAACAGAUCCUGAACCAGAACAAGUUCCACAGCUCUAUACAGAGGAGCCAAGAGGUGGAACGUGCCAGAGAUGAGCUGGCCCAAAAUGAUGACAAGGGUGGCCUCCAUUCCCUGCAGCAAGAAUGGGACAGUCUUCAAAAAAUGUCAUUUGCUCGUACGGGCCAGCUGAGAGAGCUGCAGAACAUGAUCGAGGAGAUCUCCAGGGCCAUCAUGUGGGUCAACGAGAGAGAGGAGGAGGAGCUGGUGUUCAACUGGGGAGACAAGAACAUCGACGUCUACAUCCCCAAGAAACAGGAAAGCUACUCCAAACUGAUGAGUGCCCUGGAGGUAAAGGAGAAGGAGCUAAACAAACUGAAGCAAAAAGUCGAUGGCCUCCUGAAGAACAAUCACCCAGCCUCAGACAAGAUCGAGGCCUACAUGGACACUCUGCAGACCCAGUGGAGCUGGCUGCUCCAGAUCACCAAGUGUAUUCAUGUCCACCUGAAGGAGAACGCUGCCUACAGUCAGUUCUUCAAGGAGGCCAAUGAGACCUACAGCAAGCUGCAGAAGGAACAUGAGAACAUCCGUAAGAAGUUCACCUGUGAUAAAGGAACAUCUCUGGAGAACCUCACUGAGCUCCUCAAGAACCUUGAGAGAGAGAAGGAGACGAUCAUGGAGAAUAAGAGGCAGGUCAAAAACCUGGUCAACAAGUCCAAGAGCAUCGUGAGCCUGAGACCACGUAACCCUGAGGAGAAGAGUAGUAGUCCUAGUCCUGUUAUAGUACAGGCCCUGUGUGACUUCAAGCAAGACCAGAAAGGGAUCUUCAAGGGGGACGAGGGCAUCCUGACGGACAACACCCAGCGCAGUAAGUGGCAUGUGACGGGUCCUGGAGGUCUGGACAUGCUGAUCCCAUCUGUGUGCCUCCUCAUCCCCCCUCCCAACCCCCUCAGUAUCGGACUGGCCAACAAGAAUGAGCAGUACUACGAGGCCAUCAUGGGCAUCUGGAAUCAGCUCUACAUCAACAUCAAGAGCCUCAUCUCCUGGCAGUACUGUGUUAAAGACAUCAACUACAUUAACUCUCUCACCCUCACCAUGCUGUCCCAGAUGCGUCCUGAGGAGUACCGUAACAUCAUAAAGAGUCUGGAGACUCACUACCAGGAGUUCCUCCGCAGCAGCCAAGGCUCCGAGAUGUUUGGAGAGGAUGAGAAGAAAAAGAUGGAGGGCCAGUAUUCUGGAGCCCAGACCCACUACGACACACUGGUCAUAGGGCUGCCUACAUACAAUCAAUCCAAAGUGGACGUGGUCAAGAAGGAGGUGGUCAAGCUGGUGGUCCAGCAUGAGCCGCCCAUCAAGGCAGAGACGACCAAUACCUUGCAGGGCUCUACCCUCAGCCUGACCCUGCUUAGUGACCUCCACGCCCUCAGACGCAGGCUGGAGCUGGCCGAGUCCGGCCUUAGCCACCACCUCCAUGUGCCCCUGGGGGAGAACAGUGUGCAGGAGUGCUCACAGCGUCUCCUAAAGCUGGAGGGCAUACGCCAUGAUCUGGACGGGGUGCGUGAUGAGUACCUGAGGCUAAGGGAGAGGGUCCUCAGGCAGCUGGAAGGGACAGCAGCAGACUCAGAGCAGGCCAAGUUCCUCAGGAAAGAGCUGGACCUCCUCAACCAGAAACUGGGAGAUCUGCAGGGACUAUCCUCUGCCUACCUCCAGAGACUGUCAUAUCUGCGGAACUUGCUACAGAGCCUCCUCCAGGCUGAGGAUGUCAUCAAGGUCCACGAGGCCCGUCUGACUGAGAAGGAGACCACCUCCCUGGAUCUCAACGAGGUGGAGAACUACAGAUCCUCCCUCAAGCAAAUGAAGUCUGAACUGGAACAUAAGAGAGACUUGCUGAAGGCCAUGGAGAGUGACCUGGUCAAUGCAGUGCACGUGAACAGUCAGAUCUCAGCCUCCUUCCACAAGUGUGAUGUGGACCUGUCCAAGUACGCUGACCUGGUGGGUCAGAUGUCUGACCGCUGGCGACGCAUCCAGACCCAGAUUGACAGCAGAGUGUGGGACCUGGAGAAGCAGGAGAAACAGCUAAGACAUUUCCAGCAGAGCAGUGGAGUGGUAGACCAGUGGAUAGACAAUGCUAAACAGCGCCAGGACACCCUGCAGGCAGCCAAGUUCAGCGACAUCCAGAACCUCAUGGAGCACCUCAACAGACAGAAGGUGCUGCACAGUGAGAUCAAAGGGAAGAAGGAGAAGGUGGAGGUUGUACAGAAGGAUGCGGACACCUGCGCUGCCUCCAUCAAGGACUAUGAGCUGCAGCUGGCCUCCUACAGUGCUGGACUGGAGACCCUGCUGAACAUCCCCAUUAAGAGAACCGUGCUCCAGUCCCCUGCCACUGUGGUCAGAGAAGAGGCAACUGACCUCCAGUCUCGCUACAUUGAGCUCCUGACCCGCUCCAGUGAUUAUUACAAGUUCCUGGGGGAGAUGUUGAAAAACAUGGAGGAACUGAAGAUAAGGAACACCAAGAUCGAGCUUCUGGAGGAGGAGCUGAGGCGUCUGAAGAAUAACAUCCAGGACCGCAGCGAGAAGAACCGUUCCUUAGAGGAUGCCCUGUCCAGCUAUAAGCUAGAGCUCUCACAGUCUAAAGAACAGCUCAUCUCCAUGGAGGAGGUGAAGAGGACCACAGCCAUGCAGGCCAGCGUGGCCAGGGAGAGCCUGGACACCACCAGCAGCCAGCUGACUGAGCUCAGUGACAAGCUGGCCCGCCUCACCUACCAGCUGGAUGAGGAAAAGAGGAAGAGGAGGCUGGCCGAGGAGCGCUAUACGAGCCAGCAGGAAGAGUACGAGGCAGCCGUGCGCCGGCGCCAGAAGGAGCUUGACGAGGUCAACUGGUCCAAGAUUGACCUGGAAAAAGCGGUGAAGGACAAGGAGCGUGAGCUGGAGAGGCUCAGGAUGCAGCUGGAAGAGGAGACCACAAGGAGGCGCGGGGCGGAGCAGGAUAUCUCUAAGACCUCCAUGAUGGUGCAGCAGUCUCAGAACCACUACACUGAGAUCCUGUCUGAGAGGGACACCCUUCUGAUCAAGUUGAAGCAACUGGAACAGGACAAGACUCGCCAGGGUCGCUACGAAGAGGAACUGAACCGCGUCAAGGUCUCCCUUGAGACUGAGCUCCGCAACAAACAGCGUCUCCAGGAAGAAAGAGACAAGAUCCACAAGGACUUUACCUACUGGAAGAGCCAGUAUGAACUGAAGGAGGGGCAGAUGAGGCAAUGUGACUCAGACAAGGACAAGAUGGAGAGGGAGAGGCUCUCCCUGAAGAGCGAUUUGGAGCGUAUGAUGGUGGAGCUGAGGACUGUGGAGGAGAGGUAUAAGGGCAGGUUGCAAAGCUCACAGCGGGAAGUGUCGGAUCUGGCCCUGAAGAGAGAUUCCCUGGAGAGGGAGCUAAGGAGGCUGCAGCAGAGACCUGACUCCAUGAGCAUCCAGACCCAGACGGACGAGAAAGUGGUCACUGUGGAUCCGUCCAAGCUGGUGUUUGAUGGGGUUCGCCGAAAGGUCACCGCCCACCAGCUGUGUGAUUGUGGCAUCAUCAGCAAGGCCACACUGGAGCAGUUGCUGAAGGGAAAGAGGACUGUGGAGGAUGUGGCAGUGGACAUCCAGCUCAGCCUCAAGGGAACAGGCGUCAUUGCAGGGAUGGUCAGAGGCCCCCAGGGCAGGAUGUCCAUCACUGAAGCCAAGACCAAGAACCUGCUCAGCCAAGAGAGCGCCAUCAUGCUACUGGAGGCCCAAGCUGCCACCGGCCACAUCAUGGACCCCAAAUUCAACGAGAAGAUGUCAGUUGAUGCUGCCUGCUCCAGAGGGGUGGUGGACACAGACGAUAGAGACACCCUGAUGACAGCUGAAGCAGCCGGCACAGGCUUCAAAGACCCAUACACCGGAAAGCUGCUGUCCAUCGGACAGGCUCUAAAGCAAAACCGUCUGGACAAGAAGACAGCCCUCCGUUUGCUGCAGGCUCAGGAGUCCGUUGGCGGCAUCCUGGACCCUGUUCUGAGCGUGUUCCUGCCUAAAGACCUUGCGCUUGAUCGCAACCUGAUCGACGAAGACCUCUACAGGGCUCUGAACAAGAAACCUGCCUGCUAUCUGGACCCAAUCACUGAGGAGAAGAUCAGCUACAGUGAUCUGAGGCUGAAGUGUAGGAUGGAGCCCGCCUCUGGCCUGCUGCUCCUUCCAGUCCCAGAGAAGCCCAUGACUGUGCAGGGUCUCAGGGGAGAGGUGUCUGUCACAGAGCUGAUCAACUCCAACCUGCUGUCUGAGACCGAUGUGCAGAAGCUGAACCAGGGAAAGCUCAGCAGCAAGGAAAUUGAGGACAAGCUCAAGAACUACCUGCAUGGUUCUACCUGUAUUGCGGGGAUCUAUGAUGAGGCAAACAACAGGAUCAUGACCAUCUACCAGGCCAUGAAGGAAGGUCUGCUCAGACGAGGAACCACCCUGGAACUUCUGGAAGCCCAGGCUGCCUCCGGCUUUGUGAUCGACCCUAUCAACAAUGUCUGCAUGAAUGUGGAGGAGGCCUGGAAGAGAGGCCUUGUGGGCAAAGAGUUCAAAGACAAGCUGAUGUCUGCAGAGAAAGCAGUCACUGGAUACAAAGACCCCCACACUGGCAACACCAUCUCCCUCUUCCAAGCCAUCGAGAAGGAUCUGAUUGAGAAGGGCCAUGGGAUCAGGCUUCUAGAGGCUCAGAUCGCCAGUGGUGGCAUCAUCGACCCCAAGGAGAGCCACCGUAUCGAUGUAGACAUUGCCUACAAGAGGGGCUACUUUGAUGAGGAAAUGAAUGAGAUCCUGACCUACGAAGGAGACGACACCAAGGGCUUCUUUGACCCCAACACCCAGGAGAACCUGACCUAUCUGCAGCUGAAGGAGAGGUGUAUCACCGACCCCAAGACUGGUCUGGUUCUUCUGCCUUUGAGGGACAGGACCAAUCCUCAGCAGAUGGUUCAGCAGAGCAGCCAGAAGAACAUCCUCCGUAAGAGGAGGGUAGUGAUCGUAGACCCUGACACUGGAAAAGAGAUGACCGUGAGGGAAGCCUACCAUAAGGAGCUCAUCGACUAUGACACCUUUCUGGAUCUCUCAGAGCAGGAGUGUGAGUGGGAGGAGAUCACCAUCAGAGCUUCUGAUGGUUCAGCCCGUAUGGUUGUGGUGGACAGGAAGACAGGCACACAGUAUGACAUCCAGGACUCCCUGGACCGCGGCAUCAUCGACCAGACCUCCCUAGAUCAGUAUCGUUUAGGAACCCUGACUCUGACCAAGUUUGCCGACCUCAUCACCAGCAAGAGCAGCCUGAGCGAGCUGUCAAUCACCGCCAGCAACAUGGAAGAUGUGGCCACCUGCACCAGUCCCACCCAGGCCUGCCCUUCUUCCCCCACCGUACGCAAGCGCUUCAACAGCAUAUCCAUCACCUUCUCCCCAACAGAUGAGUUUGAUGAAGGGAGCCCCAUAGCGGCCAUCUUUGACAUGGAGACAAUGGAGAAGAUCACCAUCCCAGAGGCUCUACGGAGAGGCAUAGUUGAUGCCAUUACAGCUCAGAGGCUUUUGGAGGCCCAGGCCUGUACUGGAGGCAUCAUCAACCCCACCAAUGGCCAGCGGCUUAACCUGCAGGAUGCAGUCCACCAAGGCCUCAUCGAUGAUGACAUGGCCACCAAGCUGAAGCCAGCCCAGAAAGCCUUCAUGGGCUUCGAGGAUGUGAAGACUAAGAGGAAGAUGUCUGUGGUCGAGGCCAUGAAGGAGAAAUGGCUGCCUUAUGAGGCUGGCACAAGGUUCAUGGAGUUCCAGUAUCUGACAGGAGGGCUUUUAGAACCCGGCAAGGGACAGAAGACCAGCAUUGAGAAGGCCAUCCGGAGGGGCUGGCUGGAUGGGAAAGGAGCACAGAAGCUUCAGGACACAAGGAGCCAUACCAAGAACCUGACCUGCCCCAAGACCAAGCUGAAGAUCUCCUACAAGGAGGCCAUGGACAGCUGCAUGGUGGAGGAAGGCAAUGGCAUGAAGAUGCUCCAGGCUUCCUCCAUGUCCAGCAAGGGCAUUAGCAGCCCUUACAACGUGUCCAACCCAGGCUCCCGUUCGGGCUCCAGGGCUGGCUCACUGGCUAACUCUCGUGCCGGGUCCAGGAGUGGCUCCCGCAGGGGCAGUGUGGAUUACUCCUCCAGCUACAGCACCUUCACCACUUCUGCCUCCAACACCUUAAGCGUCAACUCAAAGUUCUAAUAUUAAAACACACAUAUGGGGAAGGAGGGUGUGGAGUAGAGUUGUUUUGGGGUCUGAAAAUUAAAGCCUGGUCUUACCCAAGCCCGAUGAGCUGAAGCCCGGUGAGCUGAAGCCCGAUGAGCUGAAGCCCGAGCUCAGGCCCGGUCCGACAUCAUAGAAAUGUUAUGAACCCAAACCCCCCAAAAAAGCUAGAUUUCUAGAAGACAUCAUAUUGAUUUAAACUGAGAACGAUGCGGCGGAAGCGGGAGGCAGCGGAGUGAGGAGACGUGGAAACAGCCCUUGUCUUAGAAAAGCGAGGAGAGAGGAAAACUCACCCUAGGCCUAGUUAUGAUCAACUGAAUUACGAAAAUAUUGGAAUUAAGUAGGCUAUAGGCUAAUGCAAUUGAAGGCAUGUAUCACAUUUUUGCUUAUGGAAACUCCCAAAGUCAUAUCCAACCGUUAGCCUAUAAUACAUUUAAAGCAAUAGCCAUGGGUGGUCAACCUUGAUGAUAUUUUCAGCACCGUUUUGAUUGGGACAGUGCCUUCGCACUGCUUUUAGACAAGCGUGGGGAUUUGUUUUCACUGAAUCUCCAUUUGGAUAUGUGUUUACAAUUAGGCUGGGGAAAUGUUAGCUAAGUUGAGGUGAGUGCUCAUGAGCCUGUUAUAUAGCUUAACACGUGGAUUUUACUCUUCACUCCCGUAGUAACCUAAACCUUGUGACUUGUCUAAUAAUCAAUCAAUGUUAUUUUGUUUCACUGAGUCUGUGUAAUUGGUUGAUCUCUGGCUGGGCAAACAAGUGGAGGUGGUAGCUCAUUUAUUAGUUUGCUCAUCUUGUCACCGAUCAGCAACAUUUUGCAUGCAAUAAUGUAGCCUAAAUCAAGUUCAUAUUUUGCACUUGACUCUGUAUAGGCAACUCCAAAAGCCUGCAGAGGUUAUGGAAAUAUGAACACGAGACUCACAUGCUUUUGAAAAUAUUGAUUGCUAUUAUUUUCUAUUGGUAUCAUGAUGAAUGAACUAAGUGUUAUUAUUAUUAUUAUUAUCAUCAUCAUUAUCAGGCUUGGUAGGCUGUAGUAAACGUAUAUAAUCUAUUCACCAUCGAGAUGAGAGCACGUCCUGUUUUAGCUGUUGUAGCGAAAUUGACAUCAAUAUUUAAUCUGUCAUUCAUUCAUGUCACACAGCAUACAAGUUAUUCAUGGCCUUAAAUACAAUCAGGCAUUUUAUUUUGAAAAUGAAAUAACAAAGGGAGCCUUGAAUAAUAAAAAAAAUAAGUCUAGAAAUUAAACCAUUUUUAAUCUAACACCUGUUUGGCACACAAAUACGCACGCAGCGCUCGGUCCUACCCUCCCUGUUCUCCUCCAUCAUUAAGCCUAGUAGAGGGAGGGGGAGAGAGAUUUUUAGAGAGAGAGAGCAGUAGUAGAAGCCAAGGUACGCUAGUAGUCACGAAGACAAUCACAGUCCAAAAAUGUAUUUUACACAGUGCGGCAAAUCUGAACCCCAUCCGGCCCGAAUACAUUCUCAGAACUCUAUGUCCAGCGGUCGGGUUUGGGCUGAAAAUGACAACUCUAGUGUGGAGUAAAUGGGGGUAGAUGUGAUGUGGCACAUUUGUUAUGGUUGAGGAGAGGGAAAGUGGGUUAGAUAGGGUAGAAUUUGUGAUGUGGUAUAUCUUUCAUUGAUUGGGUCGGGUUUGGGCUGAAAAUGGCAACUCUAGUGUGGAGUAGAUGGGGGUAGAUGUGAUGUGGCACAUUUGUUAUGGUUGAGGAGAGGGAAAGUGGGUUAGAUAGGGUAGAAUUUGUGAUGUGGUAUAUCUUUCAUUGAUUGAUUGUGUUUAGUUUGUUUUGUGCUGUUAGCUAAAUCUGGUUUGGGGGUAUAAAGGUUGAACAUAUUCAACCAUUUGAUGGAUAACAGUUUGUUAGAAUGAAAUCUAAAAUCCAUGUAGAUAUUUAGAUUUUUUUUAAACUUGAAAAUAAAUGUAGUAUUGAAAUAUAUAACGUUUUACCAAAUGUUUUGUUGUUAUGUAAAGGGAAUAUCUUACUGCUUCAAUGUCCUUGACUCACAGCAUCUAAUCUACAAUGUCUACAAUAUUAAUUUAUCUGACUUUUAAUUUUGCUUUAAUAUCACUCAAUCACUGGCAAACAUUUGCUGAUCUGAUUUUGGUUUUCAAGCAAUCCUUUGAAGUAACAAUGAAUGUACUUGACAAUGACUAAUGCCUCACAACACAAUGUCCCAAUGGUACUGAAUUACAAAACAAGUAAUAAACCAUUAUGAAUUUACCCGUUGAAUAGAUUUUAUGUGAUGAUAUAUUUUGUAUUCCAAACAAUUGAAAAAUAAAAGUUAAUUUCCCAA